AUGCGCUCCUCGUUCGCUCUUUUCGCACUUCUUCUGCUCUUCGAAACGGUAAGUGUGUGUGUGCGCUUUUGCGCAAUUUUCAGCGAGAGACAGCGGAAAUUGUAAUUUUCGUGGCGAGACCCACCAGCAUUUCAGUGAAAAUAACGACAAACGUAUUUUAGGCCAAUGGCCUCGGCUCCGCCACAAUCCGCCUUCGCUCCGCCGAAAAAUUGAUGGGAUUUCUGCGAAUCGUGCGUGCCGACAAGACGGAUAUCAUCGAACCGCUGUCGCUGAAGGGAACCGACCGCUCGCCGGACGAACUGUCGCACUGGAAUGUAAUCGCGCUCCAUUGAUAAUUUAAUCGAUAAUUGAUCGCUUUUAGCCGAUACACUCGACGGAAGGAUUCAUUGCGCACCGAAAUGCGUUCGCAAAUCCGAUCACUUUCGAGAUUUCCCUGUUCAAGGUGGACUCGACCUCCACUUUUUCCACUCCGAUUUUCUACAAUUUCACCCUGCAGCCGUUCGAUAAACGCAAAGUUUUGGCGUUUCUCUACCCGUCGCUCAUGCUCGAAAUCGACUUCAAGUGCGGACUGUAAGUGAAAACUCGGCCACGGCUCCGGCGGCGAGUGCAAUAGGGCGCAUUUGCAGUGAUUGGGCCGGAUCGUUGUGCGACAAACCGUGCGAUUAUGGGCCGAAAGACUGCAAUUGGUACGGAUGCAUCGUAAACUACGCCAACACGCCGAUUUGUCAGAAGCGUAAGAAAAUAGCCCCGAAAAGUGUGGUGAAAUCCGCAAUUUUAGCACUCUGCGCUGGAGAUUCGACGGGCGCGGAUUGCACCGAAAAAAUCGAUCGGUCGGCCGAAGUCCACGUGGCGCCAGUCCGUUUCACCGACAAUUUCGACGAGAUGAACGCGUUCGGCGGGAGUUUCCACUCGGACAAGCAGUAUAUUGUGGAUCCGAGCGAUAAUUACCAGCUGGAGUUGGAAUAUAAUUAA